AUGGAGUGCACAAAGAGAAUAACAAUCUCUGAACAUUUUCUCUCUUACAGAACAAAAGUCUUAUCUGGUUUCACAUUAGGUCUUCUAGCUUCUCUCGUUUUUCUAACUCUUCUCUUUUUUAACUCGUCUUUCAAAAUUCCCAAACUCCAAGUUUUUAUUCAAGGAUCUCAAUUGAAUCGAAACUCGUCUUCUUCAUUCUCUAGAUGGCAUUUUCCGUUUUCCACAUUCUCUUCCAAUUCCAACCUUUCUGUUACUACUCCUCUUCACACGAUUCACGAAGAAGAACAACAACAUAGUGUAACUCGGGAAGUGAAUGUGUCAAAUAAGGGUUUCGAGAAUGGGAAAACCAAUUUGGGGAAUUUGUCUGAGAGUUUGUUGGAUCGGGGUAGGGUUGAUAAAGUUGGAAACUUGUCUGUUGGGGAAACACGUUUGGGGAAUUUUUCUGGAAAUUUAUUGGAUCAUGAUAGGGUUGAUAAAGUCGGGAACUUGUCUGUUGAGGAAACACGUUUGGGGAAUUUUUCUGGAAAUGUAUUGGAUCGUGAUAGGGUUGCUAAAGCCGGGAACUUGUCGGUUGGGGAAACACGUUUGGGGAAUUUUUCUGGAAAUUUAUUGGAUCGUGAUAGGGUUGAUAAAGUCGGGAACUUGUCUGUUGAGGAAACACGUUUGGGGAAUUUUUCUGGAAAUUUAUUGGAUCGUGAUAGGGUUGAUAAAGGUGGAAACUUGUCUGUUGGGAAGAGUGAAAUUGAUGGAAAGGGAAACUCGAGUGUUUCUGUGGCGAUGGAGAAAACUAUAGAGAGGAUUGAUGAAAAGUGUGAUAUAUUUGAUGGGAAUUGGGUGAGAGAUGAAUCCAAACCUUAUUAUCCUUUGGGUUCUUGUCCUUAUGUGGAUAGGGAUUUUGAUUGUCAUCUUAAUGGGAGGCCUGAUAGUGAUUAUGUUAAGUGGAAAUGGAAGCCAAAUAAGUGUGAAAUUCCAAGUUUGAAUGCAACUGAUUUCCUGGAAAGGUUGCGAGGACAGAGAUUGGUUUUCGUUGGGGAUUCACUAAACAGGAACAUGUGGGAGUCCAUGGUUUGUAUUCUACGUCAAAGUAUCAAUGACAAGAAACGCGUUCACGAAAUUUCAGGAAAAAGGAGAUUUAAGAAGAAAGGUGUCUACUCUUUUAGAUUUGAGGAUUAUAAUUGUUCAGUAGAUUUUGUGAGUUCAACAUUUAUUGUACGAGAGUCGACUUUCAACGGCAUAAAUGGGUCUUUUGAGACAUUAAGAUUGGAUUUGAUGGACGAGAAAACUAUCAGGUAUCAUGAUGCUGAGAUCAUAGUCUUCAAUACAGGGCAUUGGUGGACACAUGAAAAGACAUCUAAGGGAGAAGACUAUUAUCAAGAAGGCAACCAUGUAUAUCCAAGACUCGAAGUUUUGGAUGCAUAUAAAAGAGCAUUGACCACGUGGGCUAGAUGGAUUGACAGCAAUAUUGAUCCAAAUCGAACACAUGUUUUCUUCAGAGGAUACUCAGUUACCCAUUUCAGUGGUGGCCAAUGGAAUUCAGGAGGAAAGUGCCACAAAGAAACCGAGCCAAUAUAUAAAGGAGAUCAUUUACGGAAAUAUCCCUCGAAAUCGAUGGUUCUAGAUCAUAUCAUCCCAAAGAUGAAAACUCCAGUGAUUUAUAUGAACAUAAGUAGGAUGACAGAUUACAGAAAAGACGCUCAUCCUUCAAUAUACAGAAUGGAAUACAAGACCAAAGAAGAAUGGGCCACUGCAGAGCAACACCAAGAUUGUAGCCAUUGGUGCUUACCAGGAGUACCGGAUACCUGGAACGAAUUAAUCUAUGCAUCUCUUUUAAAAUAUGGUAAAGGCAAUUGGAAAACCUGA